AUGGCUGCAGCCGGUAUUCUAACCGCUAUAGCAGUUGCCCCUAAGCAGCCAGCGGUGCAUGAGAAUGAGCCUAGAUGGAGUAACACUGCCUACUAUGUGGCAUCCUUUGAGGUGCUCCCGAACCCUAGAUUCAAAUGUGUCAAUCCAUCGCUUGACACUCGAGAACAACCUACGUUUACGGCGCCGAGGUCGACUAUCCUAUACAAGCAUGACGGAGGCACGUUCCAGUUCGACGUGCACGAGCCCAGGCACAGAACACCUGCGUUUGUCUUAGUACGUUGCCAGGUAGCACCGGGUAAGCCUCAUCCAACGUUAUCGGAGGUCUGCUACGCGGGCCUGAAGUGGUUGUACGAGCACGCUAACCAGUUCGCUAUGGACAUGAGCCGCAUCGCUACGACAGAUGAACACUUGGCCGCUGUGUGGGCGUUAACUGGCAAGAGAUCGAGGCCUGCCGCCGCACCUGUGAAAGCAGGUUCUUCUCUAUCCGGUGUUGGAUAA